AUGUUAAUGAAAAAGUGCAAUCAACAAAUGGGUGGUUUUGCUUUGACCACUGUGGCCUGGCUACUUUGCUGCAUAUCCACAGGCCUUCCUCAGUGGCAAGUGUGGCACUAUGAAGAUCCUGUGGUCCUCAAGCCUACAGUGGCUUUAGUGGGCAUGUGGAGAGCCUGCAUUUUCCACACUGACAGAAACUCCAGCAACACCGGUGUAUGUUACCAAUACAACUACAAUGACCCCAUUCCUUUGUAUAUUCGAGUAAACCAGCACUUGCUGCUGGUUUCCAGCUUUCUUGGGCUUUUUGGGAAAAUCACCACCAUUAUUGCUCUUUCGAAUGUGCGUAUGGGAAGAGUACGGAGGAAUGCCACCUGCAAUCCAUUCAGACUUUCAGGCAUACUGAACAUCAUUGCAAGCAGCUUUCUUUACCUUGCUGUUUUGUUAAAUUACAUCGCCAUCAUGAGCAAAUGGAGGAUUGUCUUCCCACCAUCUUUCAAUUUGCCUUUCCAGCCAGAUACUCAGAAGAUGGGAACCGCCAUGGCUUUGGCAAUUAUAGCUGCAGUUUUCUUUCUACUAAGUGGCACAAUUUGCCUUUCUUCAAAUUUAGCCAUAGGCAAGAUGCCCCGUUCCAAAAUUUAA